CUCCGGAGUUUCCCCAGAAAAGCUCAGUGGGGGUAUUUAAACGGCGGCUCUGCCCCCGGUUCGCUGAUCCCGCUCUCGAGACCUCUGAUCCUGGAAGCGACUGGAACCCGGCGAGACCUGCAGACAUCACAACCAUGGCUCACCAGAAGCCUCUGCUCAUCCCGUGGCUACGGACACAGAUCAACAGCAACGAGUUCCCCGGUGUGCAGUGGACGAACGCGGAACAAACCGAGUUCUCCAUCCCGUGGAAACACGGUUUGAGGCAGGACGGCAGCGACGUUGACAUUCUCAUAUUCAAGGCCUGGGCAGAGGUGAGCGGCAACGGCCGGGUUCAGGGAGAGCCCUCCGUCUGGAAGAGGAACUUCCGCAGCGCCCUCCGAGCGAAAGGCUUCACGCUGGUGGAUGACAACAAGAACGACUCCGCCAACCCGCAUAAAGUGUUCCGCUGGCCGGUCGAGUCACCGUCAGGAGAUAAAUCUUCCCCCGGAUCUCAGAGAAUGGACCAAGAUGACAGUGAAAUAUUUGAGGACAGUGGACUCUCCACGCCGGGCAAUGAAGUGUUGACAUAUCUUGAAGGCGACUCCCUUUACCUUCCCGAAGGAACUGUGUUUUUAGAAUCCUCAGGAAGUCACGAUAUUCUCCAGGAGUGCCUGGAGGGGCUCAACAUUGACCAUGAAGCAGAGGGCACCGCAGGCUUUGAGCCUCCUCCCGAGCAACAGCAGCCACAGAGGCAUAUUGUGAUUGGUGCGCACACGUUGCCCGGGCAACAGCAGUAUCCAGUAGUGUUUGAGGGUGCAGCCGGUGAAGCUGGGUUGCCUGAGCAACCGGCACGUCCAAUUGGGGGAGCGGUGGGUGGGGCCUAUGAUGAGCACUUGGCGGCACAGUUUCUACAGACAAUGAACAAGACCAGCGAUAGAGAUAAUUUCAAGACGCAGUUCAGGAUAAUGGUGUACUACAGAGGGGUGAAGGUGGCCGAGCGGCUGGUCAAUAACGAAGCAGGAGUCCGCUUAGUCUACAGGCCUGAACUCAGUGAGACAGUUUUGGAUCACAGUUCAGGCCUCAGCCUGGUCUCCCUGCCAAGUCCUGGAGACAUGGCGGAUCAGAGGCAAGCCGAACUGACCAGACGCAUUCUGGAGAAGCUGGGCGACGGCGUGGACGUUGGGGUGUCUGGCCAUGUGGUCUACGGCCAGCGGCUGGGCGAAAUCAAAGCCUUCUGGAGCCUCUCCAAGUUCGACCACAACAAACAGCCUCAGGAACUUUCCAAACUGGAGCCUCAGCCUCUUUACCAGUUCAAGGAUUUCAUUCGAGGAAUAAUGGACUUCAUCGAGGGUAAAGAAUGCCCUCCUUGCUCGCUGUUCUUCUGUCUCGGGGAGAAGUGGCCUGACCCAGACAACAGGCCUUGGGCGAAGAAACUCAUCACAGUGGAGGUGGUCCUGACUUCGAUUGAGGUCCUGAAGAACAUGGCUGUUGAGGGUGGCGCCUCCUCCCUGCAGUCCGUGGAGCUGCAGGUCUCCCUUGAGGAGAUGAUGGAGAUUUGCUGAUCACCCGAUGGCCUGACUGUUACAUUAUGGAUGCAGGUUUCAUCUCUUUGAACACGCGUGUCUUUUUCUAACCCUGAUAUUGACAGAGAAAUAAAGAAUACACUAUCAGGAAUGAUGCAUAUCAAGUUCUCAUGUGCAUCAUAGCUUGUUGAAAGAAUAUUACAUUUUCCCAGCAGAUGUAGAUCCCAUGUGCCUUUUUCCGUCAUUCUACGUUGAGUGUUUGUUAUUAAAUACAUUUCUUCAUAUUUCUAUUGUUUUCAAUUUUUUUAAUUUGUUUCAAAGCUGGCAGACAUGCUGCUCAUGGAUUUUUUGUUUCUUGUGUAAAUCACAUAACGUCUCAGAGUGUCUGCUGAUAGUUAAUCCGAGAAGUUCAGUGUGUUAUGUCAGUGGUCCAUGCAUCAAAACAAACAAGAUUUCAAGACUUUAUUAUUUAACAUUCAUGGGUAAUAUGAUAAUGGAAUUAUUGUUCUCUUGGUCAUUUGCUACAUUUUCAGUUUCAUUCUUGACACAAACAAUGUAAUCAUUAUUGCUUUGUUAUAUUAUUUAAGUCCAAAAGAGAAAAAAAAGAUUUUAUUAUUUUUUUUUGCUGUCGGACUGGCAGCAUGAGUCCUGGAUGAGAACCGCAGCCCUCUUUUUUUGUACCAUCUGCACAGUUAGGACAAGUUUGUGAAGCGACAAUCUUUAGGAACGGGGAAUUUACAAAAGCAAAUAAACAAACUGAAACGAU